AUGUCGGUUGACAAUGUGGUAAAGGUUGCAAACAUUUCGUCUAAAGUAUCGGAAUUAGUUUUGAAAAAAAUAUUUGAACAUUUAGGAGAAGUUACAAGUAUCACUUUAUAUAAUAGCCCUCAUGGGGAUAACGUACAAGAAUGUACGAUAGAAUUUAAAGAAGUAUCAUCUGCCAUGACAGCUUUACAUCUAACUGGCAUGGAAUUAGCACCACAUAGACCAAUACUGCAAACAAAGCCGUCUAUCACAAUACCACCAAAGCCUAUGCUUCCUACAACUCUAACAUUCCCCACAUUUACUACACAAUCUCUCACGACUAUAAGAUCUGCCAAUCCUUCGAUUUCACCAACCGUUGCGCAAUUUGACCCUGCAAAAGCAGAAGAAAUUUCACGUACUGUCUAUAUUGGCAAUAUAAAUUCAUCGAUUUCUGAUCCUGAGCUCAUACAAUUUUUUUCUGCGUGUGGGCCUGUUGCCUAUGUAAAAAUGGCUGGUGAUCCAGCUCAACCGACUCGAUUUGCUUUUUUGGAGUUUGCAACAUUUGAAGGUGCACAGGCUGCAAUGUUGAUGAAUGGUGUGAUGCUUGGAGAUCGACCAUUAAAAGUCAAUCAUUCAAAAAAUGCCAUUAAUAAAACACCCAAAAAAACAGAUGCACCAGACGUUCAAGCAACAAUGCGUCGAGUUAGAGAGGCGCAAUUGAGAAUUGCAAAUCGUUUAAAUACAGAUAAGUUAUUGGCUACUGCUAAUGCAUCAUUGGAUGUUGUUGCUAGUACAAAUGUACCUCGUAGUAGAUCAAGAUCUGUUAAACCUUUUGAAGAUUUGAGUAAAGGGUGGAGGUUGCGAAUAGGAACGCUACGACAGGCAGCGGUAGAAACGUGUUGCCACGUUCCGGAAACGAAACGUAAUACUAAUACUAAUUAUAAUGACGAAUAA